AUGUCUUCCAUCAAGAUUGAAUGUGGUUUACGGGAGAACUGCAGGUGUGGGGAGUCUCCGGUGAGGGAGGGAGCAUCUAACUCUCUGCUGUUUGUAGAUAUCCCUGCAAAGAAGGUUUGUCUAUGGGAUUCACUGAGCAAGCGAGUGCAGCGAGUGGCUGUGGAUGCCCCAGUCAGCUCAGUGGCACUUCGGCAGUUGGGGGGCUAUGUUGCCACCAUUGGGACCAAGUUUUGUGCUUUGAACUGGGAAAAUCAAUCAGUAUCUGUCCUAGCUACAGUGGAUAAAGAGAAGACAAACAAUCGAUUCAAUGAUGGGAAGGUGGAUCCUGCUGGGAGAUACUUUGCUGGUAUGAUUUCAUUCUCUUUUUUGCCCCUAUUU